AUGCUGCCGGUUUUUAGAACAGCCUUAUCUGGAGCUAGUCGUAGACUAGUAAUAGAGGCCAGACCUUUGAGUAGAUCCGGUUUCAGACUAUUGUCGGAGAAUUUGUCGGCAUCAUCUUUGGCUGCGGGUAGAAACGGCCCCGGCAAAUCAAGAAGUUUCCAUUUCAGCCGAACUUUAUCAAAUACUCUUAAAAAAGAGGGAAAAUCGGUUGUUGAAAAAACUGUCAAGGCUGCUGAAGAAACCGGGCCCAAGAAAAGACCUUCAUUGAAGGAGCUCACUAAGAAAUAUGGAUGGGCCGCUGUAGGAGUGUAUUUUGGAUUGAGUGCUAUCGAUUUCCCUCUUUGUUUUUUGUUUGUUCAUUCUAUGGGUAAAGAAAAAGUCCAGGAACUUGAGAAAUCAGUCAAGGGUUUCUUUGGAUUCAGCACAAAGCCUGAUGACCUUUCAAUUGUGCCUGACGAGAAUGCCGAGGAUCUGGGUACCGAAAGUACUGAAGAGGAGAACAACUGGAGUUUGUUGAUUACCGAGCUUACUAUUGCAUAUGCCAUACAUAAGUCUGUGUUUAUUUUUGUCCGAGUACCCACAACUGCAGCCAUUACUCCUUGGGUGGUCAAGAAAUUGAGAAGUUGGGGUUUUAAUAUUGGAGGCAAGGCUGCUGAGACCACUGCCAGGUUUGGCACUGCUCCUAGCAACAGACAAAAAUGGACUUCCUGGUUUUCAUGA